AAUCACGUCUUCGUGAGCAGCCUUCCCAAUGGCGUGGGGCCGGCCGCGGUGCUCGAGUUCUGGGUCCAGGCCCUCACCAGCCAACCGGCCUGGCACAAGGAGAGAGCCACGCUGUGCCUGAUGGAUCAUCUGUGCCAGGCAGCCUUUCAGUUCAACCAAGAGGACUGUGUCCAGAAGCUGCUGUAUCAGCAGCACAAGAAUGCCUUGGGCUACCACUGUGACAAGGGGCUGCUGUCUUCCUUAGUCAGUUGGAUCGUGGCGGGGAACGUUACACCUUCUUUCAUCGAGGGAAAUGCCAACUCCACGCAGGUUUGGUUCGCGUGGACCGUCCUGAACAUGGAGUCCAUCUUCGAAGAGGAUUCCCAGCUUCGUAGAGUUGUGGAGAAGGAGCUGGUCAUCAACUCGUUGACUCCUGAUCAGGCUCUGAAGAAAGCGCAGGCCCAGCUGAAGCUACCCAUCGUGCCUUCCCUGCAGCGGCUCCUGAUCUAUCGCUGGGCGCAGCAGGCCCUGGCCACCCCGGAGGACCAUCCCCUCCUGCCCCUCAUCUGGCAGAAGUUCUUCCUCCUCUACCUUCAUCGCCCGGGGCCGCAGUACGGGCUACCCGUAGACGGCUGCAUCGGGAAAAGGUUUUUCCAAAGUCCCGCUCACCUUAGCCUCCUGAACGACCUCAAGCAGCGAUUGAUAGAGGCAGCCGACUUCCACCACACGGCCAGCAAAGCUCUCCGGCCCAGGAACACAGAGGAGGGCAGCGAAAGUGCAAGAGAGCAAGGGCGCAGGAAGCCGGACUACCUGACCUCCCCGGAGCUGCACAAGGAGCUGGUCAGGCUUUUCAACAUGUGCGUUCUGUGGCUGGACGAAGAGAGCUUUCAGAAAGGGGACACGUAUAUCCCCUCCCUGCCCAAGCAGUAUGAUGCUCACAGGCUCGCCAAAAUCAUGCAGAACCAGCAGGAUUUAUGGAUGGAAUUUGUCAACGUGGAGCGCAUCCAGCACGAGUUUGAGGAAGCGAUAAACCUCUGGCUUCAGGUCAGGGUAGAAUCGCACGCCUCUCCAAGUACCUUGUCGGCGCAAGUAGACUUCACUAACCCUUUGAUGGCCAAAGAGAGAAUCAUCAGCAAUCUGCAGAAGUACGACGCGCCCCAGCCUUCUCUCCCCCUCCAGCCGAUGAAAGCCCCCGUGCCCGUGAUUCCUCCUUCCAGCCUAACGAACCAGAACGAAGCCAAAGAGCUGGUUCGUGCCAACCUCAGCAUCUUACAGCACCAUGCCAAAACGGCCGCGAUCCGAGAAUCCCAGCAAGUCGCUUUUAACGGCGAGAUACUGGACACUUUGCCAAAGCUUUACACCAACAGAGAAGAUCAAGUGGUCCUUCACCUGGAGUGCCGGGGCAGUUCUGGGAAACCUUGCCAAGGAGCAGCCCUUGUAACCAUUCAGUUUGAAGGGAAGUAUAAAAACGAAGCCGUCGGCCAGCACCUCCACGCCCUGAAGAGAGAAGUGAAGCUGCUGCAGGCGGAAGCCACGAAGCCCCCUUCUCCAGGUGUCGUGGAAGCUGCGGUGCACUUGGAGAACUUCAUCACAGCUUUAAUCAACCUCUACAAGCUGCAGCCUGUGCCAGGGAUUCACAGAGUCGGGAUCAGUCUGUUUUUUGCAGUGGUGGGCUUUGUGAGCGACGAAACGCAGCGCCAUCCCCCCACAAGGCAGUUCUUCAGCUCCUGCAUCGAGAUCCUUGGCCAAGUCUUUGUGGCGGGAACCAAAUCGGAAUGCCGGCCCCUCCUGCGGACCAUUCUGAAGAACCGGAGGCUCUGCACCCUCCUCUCGCCUUACUUCACUCCUGUCGCCUCCCCGGAGGAGUUCGUGGACCUUUACGAGCAAGUGGUCUCCUUCCUCAGCGACGACAACAGCGACGUCAUCUUCAUGCUGCUCACCAAGUUUGAUCUCCCGCAGUGGUUGCACAGCUCGAAGCCCCCUCUGUCGGCGCGCACCCGGCUGCUGGAGUCCAUCCACGUGGCGCUCAAGACCUGCGGCUUCGAGCCCGAGGAAGACGUCUCGAUGCCUUACAAUCUCUUCUGCAAGCACUGGGCCUGCCUCCUCCGGUAUCAGUUCCCCGACCACUACAGCACUUUCCUCAGGCUGCUGAUGCAGAGUUCCUCGGAUCAGCUCCUGUGCCCCGACUGCUGGAAGGUGUCCCUCAAAGCCCUGGGUUGCUACCCCCCAGCAGCCAACAAUGGCGCCGGGAAAGAGGAGUCCACGGAAAACGUAGCGUUGCAGGCCUCUGCGGAGACACUCCUGUCAACAGAACAGGUGGUGGAGACCAUAGAAUGGCUCUCCAACUACUUCCUCAAGCUGCGCUUGUCCUCGCGAGACUUCCAGACCUUUGGCUUGUUCUCAAAGUGGGCCCCCUACAUCGGCCAGGUGAAGCGCUUCGUGGAGUAUCUCAUCAAGCGGCUCAUUGACUCCGAAGCCACCAAGUUGGCACGGGAGGCGGUGGGCAGUGACGCUGUCCUGGCAGCUCUGCAGUCUUUGCAUUCGGUCGUCACCCAGCUCUUCACUCCAUGGAUCCUGGUUUUACAGCAGGAAGAUGCAAGCGAACAGCCCUGCUAUCCGUGGCUGGAAAGUGACACUCCCAUGGCUUCCCAUAUGGUGCAGUUAUAUGCAGACAGCAUCGGAGUCCUACAUGGGAGUUUCAAAGAUAAGCUGCUGCCCAGCCACCGGGGGGCGCUCUGGCUCCACCUGAUGCAUUAUUGCCGGACCUGCACGGCCCCCAAGAUGCCGGAGCACAUCCUCUACGCCCUCCACACCGAGUUUGGUCGCCUUCCUUGGAAAGAGAUGCACCCCGACCAUCAGCUGAUGGAAGAGUUCUUUAAAAUUGAAAGAGGCAGUCCCAAAAGCUGUUUCCUCUUCCUGGGCUCGGUUUUGUGUGAAGUCAACUGGGUGAGCGUCCUCUCGAACGCCUGGCAUCCCAGCCCGCCUCCGGAGACCCACAACAUGAUCGUGUGCCUGCUCUACAUGGUGGUCUUGCUGGCGAAGGAGCAGCAGCUGGUAACCAAAGAGGAGUCCCCCCUGCUGAAUCUCCUGGGCCAGACCAGCUCCCUCCCCUGGCAGCUCAUCGGCAUCUCGUCCUACCAGAGCAUCAUCAGCUACAUGAACAGCCACUACCCUCCGUCCGUCAUCCUGGCCCAGGAGCCCGCGUCCGAGCUGCUCGUCCGGCUCCUGAAGGCCUCCGCCGGCUUCGGUGCCUCGUCCGACAGCCAUGCGCAUCUCAGGGCAGUCCUCGAAAGAGCUCUCUCCAAGCUGCUGGAUGACAUCAUCCUCUUCAGCCCUCCAGACGCGAACGUGCAGGCUCGCCACCUGGCCUUAAGCGGCCUCUUCACCGAAGCCCUGAUGAUGCUGAACAAUGCCAGCGUUUCCACGGCCGAGUCCCUCCGGGUCGCUCUGCGGGGCUGGAUCGGGGCCAACGUGCGGGGCUUAGGGGUGAUGCCCCUCCUGACAGCCGUGUGCCAGAGCCUGGCCUCCGUCCGGCAUAUGGCGGAGACGACAGAAGCCUGCAUCACAGCCUAUUUUAACGAAGACUCUCCGCUCAGCCACGGCUUGGGCUGGGGCCCCAUCAUAGCCGCCCUGCAGGUUCCCGAGCUCACCGCCGAAGACUUCCUGCAGGAGUGCCUUUCCUUGGGCAGCUACCUGACCCUCUACAUCUUUACGCUGCAGCGGCUGAACGCUGAGCAGACCUUGGCCAACGAAAUGAGAGUGCUGCUGACGUUGAGCAAGUGGCUGGAGGAGGUGUAUCCCAGCUCUGCCCAGGACGAAGCCAAGCUGUUCCUUUGGUGGCACAAAGCCCUGCAGCUCUGCCUCCUUCAAACCGAGCAGGACGAUGCCAUCCUGGUGGAGGCCGUCGUCCGGACACUGACGACUCUGCAAGGCCGCCAGGCUGUGCUGGCCGAAGAGAGGCUCACGUCGGGGAUACUCGGGGCCAUCGGCCUGGGAAGGAGAUCUCCCUUGUCGAACAGGUUCCGGGUUGUGGCUCGCAGUAUGUCAGCCUUCCUGUUGGUGCAGAUUCCGGUGGAGAAUCAGAUCCGGUUGCGGCCUGGCACAGAACUGCAGCUUUCCGCCAAAGCUCAGCAG